AAAACUGGCGCUAUUGCGACUCAAUUGGCGGGAAAGCAGCUGACAACAGCAGAAAAUUACGAGUGCCGAUUUCUCUUGUUUAUCUAUCAUCAUCCUCCUUCACGAACCCGAUAUAUUCAUCCGAAUUAAUCAGUCAGAUUCUGUGAUAAAUAUUCUUUGUCUGUGUUUAUUGAUUUCUCGCUGACAUUCACCUGCAAACAUGUUUGAGGCAAAAUUAGAGAAUGGAAGUAUGUGGAGGAAAAUUGUUGAGGCAGUCAACAAAGACAUUAUAGAAAAUGCCAUAUUUGACUGUAGUUCCAAUGGAAUCAAACUCCAGGGUAUGGAUAGUUCGCAUAUCUGCUUAGUGCACCUUGAACUCCACAAAGAGGGUUUUGCAGACAACAGCUACAGAUGUGAUAGAAAUAUUGCCCUCGGCGUAAAAGUUGAGAAUUUAUUAAAACUUCUGAAAUGUGCCGGAGCAAACGACGCCAUCACAUUCAGAGCAGACGAAAAUGGUGGCGACACGUUGAUGUUGAUAUUCGAAUCUCCUUCACCAAAUGACGAUGACAAGUCAGUUAUUACCAAAAUUUCCAAGUAUGAGAUGAAAUUGAUCGAUUUGGAUCAGGAACAUUUAGGGAUUCCAGAUCAAGACUACAGCUGUACGGUGAAAAUGCCAUCAGGCGAGUUUGGACGAAUCUGCAGAGAUCUGUCACAAAUUGGGGACACCGUCAUCGUCACAUGUGCCAAGGAUGGAAUCACAUUUUCGUGCAGUGGAGACCUUGGAACAGGACAAGUCACCCUCCAGCAGACGGCCAAUAUGGAUGUAAAGGAGAAAGACGCAGUUGAAAUUGUCAUGAAGGAGGCCGUCAACCUCAACUUCUCCCUGCGCUUCCUCACCAUGUUUUCCAAGGCUGCUCCACUCUCAUCUCGCGUGAAGCUCAAUUUGGCCCCAGCUAUUCCUUUGGUUGCUGAAUACGAAAUCGAGGAUAUCGAACACCUUGGCAAGAUCCGAUACUACCUGGCGCCCAAAUUGGAUGAUGAAGAAUCUUAAACACUUCGUGAAUAUAUCUCUGGACUAUAAAGAAUUAAUGAAAGAAUAUCAGCAACAAAUUCAUUGUUCUGUAAUGGAUUGGACUGGACUGUUCAUGUUGUGUGUACAACGUGAACCUGUUCCUUGUUUCUGUCAGACAUGGGCACCAUUGACUUGUUAGGAUAUUGAAUCUGACACCAACAUUCUUAUCACUUCAACAAAUAUUUGUUCCUGUACAGCUGCAAGUCGCAGUGUGCUCUUCGAUGCACACCCAGAUCUGAUGUUGAUUGUAUGAUCUUGCAUUUAUGUGCUUCAAGCAGUACCAUACGUAGCUUCAAUUUCUGAUAUCAUUUCAAUUGUAUAAGGAAAAGCUAGUAAAUGGUAUGUAAAUAUAUGUUGUACUUAAUUGUAUAAGUUUGAGAGUAGUAUCUCUGUUGUGAAUCCCAACGCUUUGUUGUUGUGAACUGAUAAAUAUAUCAACCUCCGCAAGGAACAGACCUGCGAAAUAACGUUAAAAGCCUGGCAACUGAAACAGGGGAUAAGUAAUCUGCAAUAUUACACAAAAUAAUGACAUUUAGAAUGGCUCUAUCUACAUUUGUAAAGUAUGAUGUUUUGUUUCUCUGAAAUAAAGUUUUUCGAGAUUGGA